GGCAGACGGUGGUGCGCACCCAGGCGGCUUUCGGAGUCGCGAGUGCAGAGCCGUCGCUCCUGCCUGCGGAUCCGCGCCUGGAGUUUGAGGAACCGCCCUCUCGCUCGGCUUCCUCGGCGCCGCCAAGAUGCUGUCCUGCCGCCUCCAGUGCGCGCUGGCCGCGCUCUCCAUCGCCCUGGCCCUGGGCGGUGUCACCGGAGCGCCCUCGGACCCCAGACUCCGCCAGUUUCUGCAGAAGUCCCUGGCUGCUGCCGCGGGGAAGCAGGAGCUGGCCAAGUAUUUCUUGGCAGAACUGCUGUCUGAACCUAACCAGACAGAGAAUGAUGCCCUGGAACCUGAAGAUUUGUCCCCAGCUGCUGAGCAGGACGAAAUGAGGCUGGAGCUGCAGAGAUCUGCUAACUCAAAUCCGGCCAUGGCACCCCGAGAACGUAAAGCUGGCUGCAAGAAUUUCUUCUGGAAGACUUUCACAUCCUGUUAAUCUUAUUAAUUGUCCUUAUCAGGCCUCUGAUCCCUCUCCUCCAAACCCCAUCUCUCUUACCUAGUCCCCUAAAUCCUCAGCAAGACCCUUGCAUUAGCCAUUGAAGACUGUAAAUAUAAAAUAAAAUUAUGGUGAAAUUAUGGAAAA